AUGGCUGAGGCUGAAAAUAGCGUGGAGAGCCCCAAUAUGCCGUCCAAUGAAACGAAAAGGCACUGGAUACCGACAUCACUGCGGCGUCCAUAUCUUUUCAGCGUCGCUACUUUCUUUCUGCUUACGGCAAUUGCUAUCGAAUGCCUUCGCCAGUACUCCAGCCGGCACCAUGGACUUGUCCAUCUCAAAUCAUAUACGGUCCUCGGGGAGUUUACUUCGGGCAUGUACACAUACGCACCGACAGCCUUUGCUGUUCUGGCUGCGGCAUUGUGGAACGUAUGUGCCCUUGAUGUGCUGCGACUGGAGCCGUAUUUCCAGUUAGCCAAACCUGAAGGGAUUUCCGGGACGAUAUUGUUCACCAACUACUGCUUCUUUUAUGGGAUUGUCGCCCCGAUAAUGGCUAUUCGAAACCGACAUUGGACAGUGGCGUGUGUUUCGUUGAUUGGAUUAAUUCUUCGCAUGAUGUUGCCGUCUCUCUUAUCGGGGCUCAUUGUACUCGAUGAGGCGAACAUAGUCGCAUGGCAGCCAGUCAACAUCUGGCCCAGUCUACUGAGCCUAGAGAAGCAGAACGCCUGGUUGACAGAAGAAGCUUUUCGCUCUAGGAAUGGGUCACAGUUCACCACAGAUACAUCCUUUUUCUAUGGCAAUCCCGAAUAUGCGAUACCGCCUAUAUCAAGGCCGGGUCACUGGGCGCAUCACCGCGACUCAAUGUGGGAACUACAUCAUCCUAUCUACUGGGCUGAUUUGACUUGUACCAAGAUAUCUUUGAACAACCUCGUCUUUCGCGAGUGGUAUAGUCUUAACUCCACGAGCUCCGCUGCUCAGCAUAGCUCCACGGGCUUGACAGGGGAUAUUCGCAAUAUUCGUCUCCAGAACCCAUUGGGUGCUACUGCAGGCUCCGAAUGCUCUCUCGGCUUUUCCUUAAAUGUUUCUAAAUCAGCUCAGACAGGAUCGUUUCAAAUCCGACAUUGGGAGCCUCUGGCUCCCAAUGGCAGUGCCGAUAGCACUUCGACUAUGAACUACACUGGAUGCGCCUCGUUCUCCUUGAUUGGCCUUGCUAUUGAUAUAAACACUGUAUCACCGCAAGGUACAUCCUCCAAUGCGACGGUGUUUGGAUGUAGCAGCCUAUACUUACACUCUAUGGCGGAUAUUGUGCUCCCUUCAAACACGUCUGUCGCGGCUGUGAAGAAUGUUUCUCGUCCCAAGACCACUUUAACUGCAAAAGAGCUGAGUGUUACCGGCUUGCAAGCUAUGCUUUUUGCAAAGUAUUUUAAUGGUGAUUUGGCGCUAUGGAAUAUGGGGUAUCCGCAUCCGAUUCCUGAAGUUACUGGCUUGAUAGCUGUGAAUGGCACUUCUAUUGGGGCGCAUAAGCCAAUGGACGUUAGCAUUUACCAGGAAGAGAUCAUCGGACUCUGGAAAAGUCAUUUCAUCAUCACAAUGAACAAGUUCUUUGACACCACGGCCGGCCCCAAGCAUGUAUACGCCAAACAGACAACUGAUAAAAUCAUUUUUGGGGUUGCCUCUCACUCAGCUUUCAUCGCAGAAGCUAUUUUCCUUACGGCCUUUCUGGUACUCGUUACCAUGGCCUUCAUUUACCCCCGACGACUGAGCUUUCUUAAAAGUGACCCAGGCUCUAUCGCGGCACAAUGCGCAAUUGUGACAGACAUUUUGGCCUCAACCGAGCAUGUCACUCGGUCUGAUAUAGAUUUCUACAAAUCCACCCCCCGCCAACUUCGUCGAUUUGCCAAAACACUGUCAUGUCAAUGGGUCGAAGGACCCGAUGGGAAGCGAUUGGACAUCACUCCAUGCGAAAAGCACGCCACGUCCCCUGAUUCACACGCUUCUCGUGCAGCAAAACCGGCUCGAGUCCGACCAAACGCCAGGCCGCAUUUUCUCAAACCGACAUACUUUAUUAUUGAGUGCGUCCUGCUCGCUGGUGUUCUUAGUGCGUUUGGGGUCUCCGUCCAGUUCAUCACUAUGGACAAGUUUGACGAUUACCUCUCCCCUGGGGCGACAAUCCUUUAUCUCUAUCUCAUAUACGGCCCUACAGUCAUCGCCUCCGUGAUAAGCACUUUGUUUACCUCAGUCCACCGGCAUUUGAGUUUUAUCGAACCGUGGGUCCGGUUGCAACAAGGUAUGUCUUUGCCAGGACUGUCCUUGAGUACAAAUUACGCAGCGCACACGCCCCUCACGAUUUGGAAACAAUUGCGCAUAAAUAAACCUGUUCUUUUGAUUCUCUUGUCAUUGAUCUGCCUGUUGAACUUUCUCUUGAUCAUUGUCAGCAGUGGAUUGUUUGAACCAGUUGUGUAUCAAUGGUUCGGGCCAACGACGGAUUUGUCCAUUCGAUACAACCUUUCUCGCUUUCUCGAUCCAGAUGUUCGGGUUGAGUUCCACGGCUACAAUUUUAUUGCAGAUACUCUGGCUAGUGAAGAGUCUCUGCUAUCGUGGACAACUACAAACACUUCCUUUAUCCCGCUGGAGAUUGACUCUGAGGACGCGGAAUAUGUUGACUGGUUAAUGUAUACGGCCCGCACACGUGGCGUUGGCGUCGAUCUCCAAUGUGCGAAGAUUCCUUCCAUUAGGUCAUCAGUUGAUUCUGGGACAUACUCUUGGACAUACAACCCAAAUAAGGGCUCCAUCGACACGAAUUGUACAGUGAAGUACCAAAAAGCAACAGAUGGCCAACAUUCCUCCAACGGCUCUUUGUAUCUUGCUAUGCCUGAGGAUGGAGAUAUCUCAUGCCAGAAUUCAUUUGUGGUCAUCAAGUGCGGAGAUUCCAGUAGAGCAACAACUACAUUGGAGCCCUACCCAACUGCUUUCUAUUGCAAACCACAGAUCGAAAUUCAAAAUUUCGACAUCUAUUUUGAUUCUAUGGGGCUUAUCAAAGCCCAGUGGCCGGUCACAGGGAGCGCUAUAACGAGCGGAGCGAUGUUUCAAAACGCGUCAAACAGCCUCCUCCCGUUCAACGAAGCGUUUAUACAACUCGAUUGGCCUGUUAUUCUAACUCAACAUUUUUACGAUUCCAUUCAAAAAAGACGAAUAACUUCUGUUUAUCAAUCCCAAGAUGAGGAUAUUUCACUCCGCGCCAUUCAAUUGAUCUACCAAUCAACUUUCAGCAUCUACACGAGCCUGUGGCGCGAUCUGUACCUCGAUCCUAUACCACUGACCACGCCCCAAGUCACGGUCAACGGUACUGUUGCUGAAGCCGAAUGGGGGAUCGCACCUUCCUCCACAAUCCUUGUUAUCAUGAUCAUUAUUCUUUCCCUCGACCUCUCUGUGUUGAUGGCCGUCUUCUUGUUGCGCCACAAGUGCUACAAUGGUCUUCCCACGCCGCGGUCCAUCGGCUCUCUCAUCCCAUGGGUACAACAUACUCGAAUGCUCUCUGAUUUUCACGGCACAGCAGAAUGGAGCGAAGGCAAACGUCAGAGCCAUCUUGAGUCACUCGGGCGGCGAUAUCGGUUCGGGGAGUUCGAGGUCUUAAGUGGAACUGGCAGGCCAAAAACAGGAGCGCUUGAUUGGGAUGAAGAAGAGAAGAUGGACAGAAACGAAGAAUAUCAGCUUCUUGGUGCAUCGUCAGCAUCAUGUUCCACGAGAGAAGGUGGAAUGGUAGUGCUGUUGACUGCCGUUGGGUCGGAGCCGUCGCUUUUCAAUACGGACACAACUGCACAUAUGCUGUAA